AUGACCAAGCGGACCAAGAAAGUGGGGAUCACAGGCAAGUUCGGAACCAGGUACGGCUCGUCCCUGCGGAAGAUCAUCAAGAAGUUCGAGCACAAGCAGCGGGCCAAGUACUGCUGCCCCCGCUGCGGGAAGACUGCCAUCAAGAGGACCGCGGUGGGGAUCUGGCGGUGCAAGAGCUGCAUGACCACGUUCGCAGGCGGGGCCUGGGAACUGUCGACGACGCUGGCGGUGACGGCCAAGACCACGAUGAACCGACUGCGCAGGCUUCGGGAGGAGGCGGCCGAGGCGCAGAACAAGGAGGUGCAGCCGAAGGAGGCCAAGAGGGCCAAGAAGGAGAAGAAAUGA